AUGGCGUUGGUGGGGGUACUGAUGCCACUGCUGCUGCUGGCCAUCGUGCCAGUUUCAGACUCCGCACCUCUGGAGGCAAAGCAUCUUCACAGCCUCCCACUGCAAGGUGACCUGAAACCUCCAGACCUCUGGUCUACCAGUCCAGACACUCAACUGACCACAGAACCAGCGACGGACCGACGCAUCAACCGAACACCAGCGUCUCAGACUAAGUCCAUCUCAGUCAUGGUGCCGCCACAGCACCUCACCAAACCCGACAAACACCUGAGGGGCGACCCGGGCACGAGCCGCCCUGAAUUACGAGACAGAACCCGAACGCCAUUUGGCAACCUCGGCCGGAGAACGAAGACGUUCCCGGUGUCCACAGCUCCCGGUGUGGAGGAGAAGACCACCUCGUCCACGUCUGAUUUCGUCAGACCUCCGAAGACUGACGAAGACCAAGUGACAGGCAGGCCCAGCAUGCAGGAACAAGCAGGAACCGAGAACAGCAGCCUGGACAAGCGAGCGAAGACCUCUGCGAUGACCACCGAAUGGGUGCGACCAGGACAGGUGGGUGGAGGUGUGGACAGACGAGCGAGGGAGCGGGAAGAGACAGACGUUCCCGACGACGUUGAGCUGGAGCGCCGGGAGAAGAUCCUGCAGAUGAUGAGCACCCUGGAGGAGCUCUACAAGGCCUUCAACAGCACCCUCAGCUCCCGUCUCACACUCGUACCGCGAGGCAAUGGACGUGGUUCAGGGAAAAAGGGUAAAACGACAGUAGCAGAUGGAGCUGUAAAAACAACAGCAGCGCCAUCUACUGACAGCAGUGGAACUGCAGCCAGGUCCAGCACUGCGGAGGUGAACCCACUGAGUCUGAGUGGCAAAGCUUUCAAAAAGUCCCUCCCGCCUCCGACUAAAAAGGGCAACAAGAGAGUGUGUUUCUGGAAAUACUGCUCACAAAACUGACAAAGUCUCUACGGCAACCACCACCACCACCACCACCACCACCUCCUCCUCCUCCUCCUCCUCCGCUGAAAUCUGGACCCUGCUCUGUGCUGAUGUGAUGUUGGAUGUCAGAAGCCGCUGCCUCCUCUGCUCCCCUCCACCCUCCCAAUGCUUCGCCUGGUGCCUAGCAACCGGACCAGGCAUCCCAGCCCAGGCGCCGACAAAGCCCUCUACCCAGGCCUCAUCAAUAACCUUACUGACAGUGAAGAACAGAAAAUGUGUGUGUG